AUGGAGACCACAUUUACUUGGAAAUUGAUAUUCUGUCUUUGCUUGGUCCGUGAAGUUACAGCUGGGGCUAUUUCCUAUAAGGAAUCAAAGGAAGGAUUCCCAGAGAAUCUUCAUCAUAAAAUGACUAAGAGAGAACUGGAGAUCUUUUUUGGAACUGAUGACCUAUCACAAGUACCUGAGUACGACAUUAGCGAACCGUUUGAAGAGAAAACCGAUGAUCACCGUCAAAAGAGAAGUGCUGAAGAUGAUAAAAAGUACUUCAAGAUAAAGGCUUUUGGCGAAGAACUGCCUUUACAACUCAUAUUAAAUCAGAAGCUUAUGUCACCCGAUUUUAAAGUGGAAAUCAAACGAAGAGAUGGGAGAACAGAGUAUCAACCGGCUCCGAAAAAUACUUUUUAUCUUGGAAAGGUCAUGUCAGAGUCCGAGUCAAUGGUGGCCGUUAGUCACUCCCAGGGAAUGCAUGGACUGAUCCAGCGAUCCGGUGAAUCUUUAUACAUUCAACCGCUGCCAACUCAUCUCUCGAAGCACGUCGAGUAUAAAGAGAUAAGUCAACCUCACCUCAUUGUCAAAAGCUCAAUCAGAGAAAAUUUAGUUUUCAGCAAGCGAGCUAAGGCAACUUCAUCGAAAAGAAUUUUGCGCUCCAUUAAAUCGUCAAACAAAUACUUGGAAGCUGCUUUGGUUACAGAUGAAAUCACUGCUGAGAAAUAUGGCGAGUCCAAAAUUGCAUCAAUUCUGCUCAUCAUUGGGAACAUUGUCGCAGGCAUGUUCCAAGAUCCCAGUAUUGGAAAAGUCAAAGUUACCUAUGUCAUCAAGCGUGUCACAGUUCUAAAUGCUGCAGAGCUUGGUUUGCAAUCAUUGAGUAAUAAUGGCAAAGUAAUAAGACUCGAGAAAUGGAACAAAGACAUCGCUUAUUCGGACAAAGUCGAUGUCACUUCAUACAUAUCUAGAUUGGUUGGAUCUGGCGGUACCGCACCUUUCAAAUCAAUGUGCAAAAACGAAAUUGGGACAGUGAACGUAAACAAUGAUUUAGGACUGCAAUCUGCUGGAAUCAUUGCUCAUGAAACUGGCCACAACUUUGGCCUGGGUCACGACGGUAGUGAAAAUCAAUGUGAGGGAGGUACGUACAUAAUGGCUGCAGUCCUCCCCAAUGGAGUUAAUGCCAUGAGAUGGUCGACCUGUAGUGCAGACGAAAUGCAAACAUUCCUCAGAAGUAGCGAGUCCUCGUGUCUGGAUGAUGUGCCGACCGAAGUUCUUUCCACUCCCUCUCCUGAUGUAGCCGACUUAUCAGUCCUCCUCCCUGGUGAAAUUAUGGAUGGAGACACGCAGUGCAAAAGUCACUACGGGGAAGCGUACAGGCGAUGCAGCCAACUAAGGAAAAACUGCACUUUAUACUGCACUUCAGAUGGCUAUUCAUGUAUAUCUCAAAGGGUUCCGGCUGCAGAUGGUACGAGUUGCGGAUCACGAGACUGGUGCAUUAAGGGAGAGUGCGUCGAUAAUGGACGUGCGCACGUUGAUGGGGGGUGGAGUAAUUGGUCAACUUACACCCAAUGUACUCGGUCCUGUGGGGGAGGGGUACAGCACAGGACAAGGACAUGCAAUAACCCUACACCAAAGUACGGAGGGAAGAACUGUGACGGAUCAACCAUUGGUCAAUGGCGAACCUGCAACUUUAGGCCAUGUGCCAACGAAACGAUUUCAUACAGAGAGAUGCAAUGCAAGGUGUACAACCAAGAUUUUGUGCCAUACUACCUUGGGUCAGAUCUCUGUGGACUCUAUUGCCGGAUUGGGAGCAGAGUCUCAAGACAUGGAAAAGUCAAAGAUGGAACUCGUGCAACAAAAGAUGAAAUCGUAUUUGACGUCUGCAUCAAAGGGACACGUGAGCCUGUAGGUUGCGAUCAUUUGAUGUAUUCAAGGAAAAAAUUUGACCGAUGUGGAAAGUGUGGAGGGAAGGCAGAUUCCUGCAAAGAUGAAAUGGGUAGUUUUACAGAAAAGAUAAAACACGUUAAUGAGUCGGCCGUAAUUAAGAAACUUCCUCCUGGCACAGUUUACGCCUACUUCAGAAAGAAAAUCUCUAAGUCGUACAAUGUACUAGGCAUUCAAGACGUGUAUGGAAACUACCUUAUAAAUGUGCCUCAUACUUACUCUAAGACAAUAAAAUACGCUGGAGCUACAAUAACCUACAAACACGACGGAAUGCAAUACAGAGAUUCAUUGGAGAUUCGUGGACCUACCACAGAGACGCUGAAAGUUGUGUUGUUGAGAGUAAGGGAAGAGACCGCAGGAGUAGACUAUAUGUUAGAAAGGCCGCUUCUUCUCGGCGAAUCUGUGGAAAAUCUCUCAUACCAAUGGGUGCCUAUUUCACAUUGGUCAACAUGUUCUGUGACCUGCGGAGGAGGUACUCAAACUCGAGAUGUGUUCUGUUUCCUCGCUCAAAAUUCUUCUGUUGUCUCCGAUGAAGCUUGUGGCUCACUCACAAAACCAGCGAGCACCCAGAAAUGCAACACCCAAGCGUGUGAAGCUAAAUGGUACGUUGAGGAGUGGACGCCUUGUUCGAAAACGUGUGGGAGCGGUAUUCAAACACGAAAAGUGAUCUGUCAGCAGGAAGUGUCGUCAAAAACUGUUGUCGUAAAAAAUUCAAAAUGUCCGGCGAUAACUAAACCAGUUCUUUCUUCGAAAAAGAGAUCUUGUAAUGAGAUUGAUUGUCCCGCUGAGUGGGUUGUGGACUCCGCCUGGUCCAAGUGUUCCACUACAUGCAAGCCAGGCAAAAUGACCAGACAAGUAGUGUGUCAAAAAAUCGACCAAAGUGGGGCAACAUCAACGGUGUCGGAUCUUGAAUGUGCCUAUCGGCCCAAUAAGCCAGUCACUCAGUUAGCCUGUCAUGUUAACAUCCCUUGCCCUGCUGAGGGGAACUCAAACGGAAAAGGCAUUUGCGAUGAAGUGAACCCUUGUAAGAAUGGAGGAAUUUGUACUGGCAACUCUGUUAAUCACCCCUGUUUGUGUCAGGCUGGUUUUACCGGUUCAUAUUGCGAAGUUAAGAGGGACCCUUGUGAAAGCAAUCCGUGUGUAAAUCAAGAAAUCUGUUCUCCUGAUGUGAAUUCACCUCUUGGAUACACUUGUCAAGAGCCAAGUUAUCCAUGCGAUAGCAGCCCAUGUUACAAUGAUGGUGUUUGUGUAAACGACAAAGUAGACUCUUCAAAAUACCAUUGCCAAUGUCCUCCCUGGAUAACUGGAACUAACUGUGAAGUUUUGUCGAGUGCAUGUGAUUCCAGCCCGUGUGUCAACGAUGGUUACUGUAGCAGUGAUCCAGCCAAACCAUCUGAGUAUAAAUGUGCUUGCAGUGAAUGGUUCAAGGGAAAAAAUUGUGAAGUUCAAAUCUUCCCAUGUGAUAGCAAACCUUGCGUUAAUGGUGGAUCAUGCAGUAACGAUCCAAGUGACAUCUCAAAAUAUCACUGCAAGUGUCCCAAAUGGUUUGUUGGAGACAAAUGUCAAGACAAACAAACAAUAUGUGACGCAGCUAAUCCGUGCAGGAACGGAGGGACUUGUAAAAGCAGUUUAGAUAAUCCUGCAGAGUACAGUUGUGAAUGUGGAGACUGGUUCCUUGGAAAAGACUGUGAAGUCCAAAGGUAUCCGUGUGACAACAAACCCUGUGUGAAUGGAGCCACCUGUAGUAAUGACGAUCAAGAUGUUUCAUUGUAUCACUGUCACUGCACCGACGGCUACAGCGGGAAAAACUGUCAGGUUCCCAAGUUCAGAGAAAUCGCCUGUUUCAACACUGGUUCUAGCCUCCUCUCUGACAUACUUGGUGACUUUAAGUCCCAGGUUGCAGAUGAAAAGCAAGUAAUAGGUGCAUGCGCUGAGUUGGCGUUUGAUAAAGGCUACAAGUUCUUUGCACUGGGAUAUAAUGGCGUAUGUCGAUCAGGACCGAACGCCCGCGAUGAGUACCACAAAGAAGGUGCCACUAGUGAUAGCAAUUGUCCGAAUGGCAUCGGCAUUAAUAAACGUAUUGCUGUUUACACAUUUGAAUUAAUCCCAAAGCAAAUUAGUCUAGGAUGUUUUCAAGAGAAAAAGUCAGCUCGGCUUCUUAAUAUAAAGUUCGGAAGUUUCUCGAGCUCGUACGAUGCACAGGACCCUUACGCUAUGGUCAUCAGAUGCGCGCACCUCGCCAGAGACAUGGACUAUGAAUACUUUGCAGUACAGAACUCUGGGGACUGUCGCACCGAUGCAAAAAUAGUUGACAACUACAAAACCUAUGGAGAAGCCUUGCCGGAUAAGUGCCAGGGAGGGGUGGGUGCAUCAUUGACCAAUUUUGUAUAUCGUCUAAGACCAGCGUUUAGUGGUCCAAACGUGUGCGAUACCGUCCCGUGUAAGAACGAGCGUACGUGCGUGGUACAUUUCAGCGAUCCGAAUAGGUACCGCUGUGAAUGUGGCGAUUGGUUCACGGGAAAUAAUUGCGAAGUUCAAAUUUACCCGUGCGACAGCAAACCUUGCUUAAAUGGCGCCACUUGUAACAAUGAUCCCAAAGACAUCUCCAAAUACAAGUGCAAAUGCGCAGCCUGGUUUACUGGAACAAACUGUGAAGUUGCUCAAACAAUUUGUGAUACUGAUAAACCAUGUCUAAAUGGAGGGCAAUGUUCAAGUUCCUCAAGCAAGCCACACAAAUAUUCGUGUGACUGCGGAGACUGGUUCAAAGGAAUUAAUUGUCAAGUUCGACUGUUCCCGUGUGACAACAAACCCUGUGUGAACGGAGCCACCUGUAGUAAUGACGACCAAGAUGUUUCAUUGUAUCACUGCCACUGUACUGAUGGAUACAGCGGGAAAAACUGUCAAGUCCCUACAUUUAGCAAAAUCGCCUGCUUUAACACUGGUUCCAGUUUCCUCCCUGACAUACUCGGUGACUUUAAGUCUCAAGUCGAAAAUAACAAACAGCAAAAGGUUAUCAGUGCAUGCGCUGAGUUGGCGUUUGAUAAAGGCUACAGGUUCUUUGCACUGGGAUAUAAUAGCUUAUGUCGAUCAGGAACAAACGUAAGGGAUGAGUACCACAAAGAGGGCGCCACCAGUGAUAACAACUGUCCGAAUGGCAUCGGUGUUAAUAAACGUAUUGCUGUGUAUACAUUUGAGUUACUUCCAAAGCAAAUUAGUCUGGGAUGUUUUAAAGACAAAAAGUCAUCUCGACUACUUAAUAUAAAGUUUGGGAGUUUCUCGAGUUCAUAUGAUGCACAGAAUCCAUACGAGAUGGUCAUCAGAUGCGCGCACCUCGCCCGAGAUAUGGACUACGAGUAUUUUGCAGUGCAGGACUUUGGCGACUGUCGCACAGAUGUAAAAUUAGUCCAAAAUUAUAAAUCCUAUGGAGAAGCCUCCCCAGACAAGUGCCAGGGAGGGGUGGGUGCAUCACAAACCAACUAUGUAUACCGAUUGAGACCAGCGUUUACUGGCCCGAACGUGUGCGAUACUGUACCAUGCAAGAACGGGGGAACCUGCGUGGUGCACUUCAGUGAUUCCAGCAGGUACUAUUGUAAUUGCGGAGAAUGGUUUGUUGGUAAUAACUGCGGAGUGCAAAUUUAUCCGUGCGACAGCAAUCCUUGUCAAAAUGGCGCCACUUGUGGCAACGAUCCCCACAACAUUUCCAAAUACAAGUGUCAGUGCGCAGACUGGUUCACCGGGGCAAACUGUCAAGUUUCUCAAACCAUUUGUGACACCGGAAAGCCGUGUUUGAAUGGCAGAAAAUGUUUAAGUAGCACAAAAAGUCCGGAGCAAUACAAAUGCGACUGUGGAGAUUGGUUCAAGGGCAAGAAUUGCGAAGUUCGACUUUUCCCGUGUGAUAACAAACCCUGUGUGAACGGAGCCACCUGUGCUAAUGACGACCAAGAUGUGUCAUUGUAUCACUGUAACUGCACUGACGGCUACAGCGGGAAAAACUGUCAAGUUCCUGCUUUCAGCAAAAUCGCCUGUUUUAACACUGGUUCCAGUUAUCUCUCUGACGUUCUUGGUGACUUUAAGUCCCAAGUUGCAGAUAAAAAGUAUCAAGUGGUUAUCAGCACAUGCGCUGAGUUGGCGUUUGAUAAAGGCUACCAGUUCUUUGCACUGGGAUAUGAUGGCUUAUGUCGAUCAGGACCAAACGCCCGGGAUGAGUACCACAAAGAGGGCGCCACCAGUGAUAACAACUGUGUGAAUGGCAUUGGUAUCAAUAAACGUAUCGCUGUUUACACUUUUGAACUGCUCCCAAAACAGAUUCCUCUGGGAUGCUUUAAAGAGAAAAGAUCCUCCUCCUCCCGACUGCUCAGAGUAAAGUUUGGGAGUUUCUCGAGCUCAUACGAUGAAGAGGAUCCUUACGCAAUGGUCAUCAGAUGCACGCACCUCGCCCGAGACAUGGACUAUGAAUACUUUGCGGUUCAGAACUUUGGUGACUGUCGCACAGAUUCGAAAAUAGUCGACAACUAUAACACGUAUGGAGUUGCAACUCCAGACAAGUGCCUGGGAGGAGUUGGUGCAUUGCUGACCAAUUAUGUAUAUCGGCUAAGACCAGCGUUCAUAGGUUCAAAUGUGUGCGAUACUGUACCGUGCAAGAAUGGUGGGACAUGCGUUGUGCAUUUCAAUGAUCCGGAUAAAUAUCACUGUGAGUGCGGAAGUCUCUUUGCAGGGGACAAUUGUGAAAGUGCAUUAAUAAAGUAAACACAUGCCGCUGGUUUGGCGAAGACAGAUACCCCUAGCUAGUUUAAUUGGAUUGUAAAUUUACAUUCUUAGCCACAACAAAUUGAAUCGCCUUAUAUUAAUUUUUAUCAGAGUGAAUUUAAAGAAACCUUUACGUCAUUAAUCGUUGAUCGACCCGUAAAGAAACCCGCGAAGAACACUUGAGGACACUUGAAGAAAUAUGACCGCGGUUCGAGGGAAAUAUAGGAGUAAACGAAGAGAUGUAGUACAUCAAUCCGCAUAAUAUAAUUAUUAGUUUAAAUUGUAAUGAAAAAAAAUUAAACUUGACUCUUGUUAUAUCAUC